AUGGCAAGUUCAUCGCAUAAUCCUUCGAUUCUUUUAAAAAGAAUCUUAUCGCUUACGGAGAGUUCUCCUUUGAUUCUGUGUUUGGACUCCAUGGCCCAGACGUCAUACAGACUAAUCCAUGAGUUUAUCCACCAGAGUAAGAGCAAAGGCAACGAAUGUCCCGUAAUAUACAUUUCUUUUGAAACGGUUAAUAUGCCGUCUUACUGUACACACUUCAUCGACGCCACUCAGAUGGAUUUCGUGCAUUUGGUGAGGCAAAUUACAUCGUAUUUACCGAGCGCUACUGCUACACAAACUAAGAAACACAUGGUUGUCAUUGACUCACUAAACUACAUAUCCACAGAUCACAUUACAAGGUUUUUGUCCGAGAUUGCAUCUGUUCACUGCACGAUGCUUGCUACUUACCAUAAAGAUAUUACUGACGACGAUCAUGUGGCAAUACCUGGUGGGAAUAGCAAUUAUCCCGAUAAACUGGCUCUUUUACAGUUCAUGGCUACUACGAUCUUGGAUAUUGACGCGAUGUUGGUGGGCAGUCUAGAUACCGAGGAGGUUAGUGAACUAUUGAGUGAAUUUAGGAUUCCCCGUGGGUUGAAUAACGAUAUUUUUCAAUUACGAUUCAUGAAUAAACGGAAAUCUGGAAGAUCGCUAGAAUACGAUUUCAUGAUAAAUUCAAAAAGUCACGAAUACGAGUUGCUGUUGAAUAAUAAACAAGGUGAGGAGGAUGGUGGUAGUGGGCUAGAAACUCCUGAAAUGUUGCAGGGACUGACCACUUUUAACCUGGGAACAUCCAAUAAACAGAAAUUGGCCAAAGACCAAGUUGCAUUGCCCUUCUUAGAGGCACAGAGUUUUGGACAAGGCGGUGCCAUUGUCUAUGAAUAUGAAAAGGAUGAUGAUUAUGACGAGGAGGAUCCAUACGAGGAUCCAUUUUGA